AUGGACAGCCAGAGUCAGACACUCGAGCCAUCUGGGCCGGGCCUACGCAUAGAAGGCAGCGGAAAACCUGUGGCUGAUGAGAACCUAGUCCAAGUGAAACUAGACAUCGAGCAUGCGGUGGUCAAGGACGAUCCGCGUAAAUGGUCGAAGGGUCGUAAAUACGUUAUAGUUGCCAUGAUAUCUGGGGCCUCCAUGAUCGCUGGAUUGGGUGCGAAUAUAUACAACCCUGCGAUUGCACAGAUCGAGUCGGAUCUGCACGCCACGGCCAGCCAACUAAGUUUGACGCUCUCUCUGUUCAUUCUCAUUCAGGGCGGAUUCCCCCUAAUUUGGAGUUCGGUCAGUGAGAUUCGGGGACGAAAGACUGUAUACUUGACGUCUAUCGCCAUAUGCAUGCUGGGAUGCAUCGUAGCAGCUACGGCAAAGACGAUCAAUGUCCUCAUUGGUAUGCGUUGUCUACAGGCUGCCGGCUCGAGCGCUGUCAUAUCAAUCGGUGCUGCGACGCUAGCUGACCUCUACGAGCCUGCUGAACGGGGCACGAUGAUGGGGAUAUACUACUGUGCUCCUCUACUCGGCCCCUCUCUCGGUCCGAUUUUAGGAGGCGUGCUGACCCAGGGUUUCAACUGGCGUGCAACGUUCUGGUUCCUCGCAAUCUUUACAGGAUUGUGUACAUUCUCCUUCGUAUUCUUCCGGGAUACCUUCCGGCUGGAACGUAGUCUUACGUACCAGACCGUGCUCAAGCGUGUGCUCGAGCAGGAGGCAAAGAAGGCGGCCGCAAAGGCCGCAAGGCACCCUGCCUCCGAGAAGGCGGUAGAUGUAGACGAUGCGCGCACUGCAGUUAUGCCAGCGGAUGACAAGGGUUCCAAAGACAGGGAGGCUGGCGUAGAAUACGGCGGAGGUGCUGGUAACCGAGACGUCGAGGCACAGGCCACGUUGCCAACCUCCGAGAUAAUUGCAGCCGUCAAGGAGGUCAAGCCUUCCUUGAGAGAUGUGAACCCGAUUCUCCCGAUUCUCCGCAUCCUUUACCGGCGGAAUAAUGUCGUGAUAUUGUUUGCCUCGGGUCUUCUCUUCGCUUUCAACUUCAGCAUCACGUAUACCGCGUCGCGGACCUUAGCCAAUGAGUACCACUACGAUGCUCUCGAUAUUGGGUUCGUCCUGUUAGCAUAUGGAAUAGGCUGUCUGUUUGGUAGCGUGCUCGGGGGUCGGUAUUCGGACCAUAUCUUCACCAAGCUCAAGGCCAAACACGGAGGAAAGAGUCAACCGGAGGCACGCACCCUUACAAUGGUGCCUAUGCUGUUCUUCCCACCUUCCGUCGUGGCGUAUGGCUGGGUGUAUGCCAACGUCGGCCGCUCUUCGUCCGCUGUAGCUUCCAACAGCUUCUUCCGCGGGCUGUCGGCCUUCGUUGCUACCGAAGUUGCCGUCCCACUACAGAACUCCAUAGGUGACGGCGGGUUGUACUCCCUGUGGGGUGGCCUGACCCUCAUCUCCGAACUGCUGAUCCUCCUUGUAUGGUGGAAAGGGGGACAAUGGCGGGAGAAGGCGAUAGCAAGCGAGACCCGCAAAUCUGGGCAAAGCGAACAUGCUUAA